AUGGGUAGCAUCAGAAAGUGGGAAGAAAUUGUCUCCGAGAAAAGGUCUCUCCGGGACAGAUCUCUGAAGCCAUAUACGGUUUCGAAUCUGGACCAACGACAACCCCGGGUCGAUAACGUCCAGAUUCGCUCCCGUCUGGACAAUCCUGUUGCGCAGAACAUUACCGACAUUGAUAGUAUCCCUAUUCUUCUCGAACACUUGAGAACGGGAAAAUACACCGCAGAACAGGUGACACAUGCCUAUAUUCAAAGAUCUGUGGUAGCUCAUCAGUUAACCAAUGCCCUUACAGACACAGUCUUCGAUGAGGCACUGAGCCAAGCGCGUGCGCUCGACGGUCACCUCCAAAAAACUGGUGAGCUUCGGGGGCCCCUCCAUGGGAUCCCAGUGAGUGUCAAAGAGCAAUUCAAUCUGAAAGGCGUGGAUACCACCUUGGGGUAUGUUGGUCGAGCAUUUGCACCUGCUACGGAAGAUGCUGCUAUAGUGCAGAUCCUAAAGGAGCUGGGCGCUGUUGUGUUCGUCAAAACAAACUUGCCUCAGACUCUCAUGUGGGCUGAAACGGACAAUCACCUCUGGGGCCGAACAGUCAACCCACGCAAUCCCAACCUCAUUGCGGGUGGCUCUUCGGGUGGUGAGGGCGCCCUAUUGGCUUUACAUGGCUCCAUUCUGGGACUGGGCACGGAUAUUGGAGGGAGUAUCAGGAUUCCUGGAAGCAUGAACGGGCUGUAUGCAUUUAAACCCACUAGUAGCAGAUACCCGGCAACAGGAGUUCCUGGGCCUACGGAAGGUCAGGAACAUGUCCAUUUCUCUUCCGGUCCCUUGACUCGUGACAUGAAGUCUUUAUGUUAUGUGAGCCGGCUAGUCGCAGACUCCGAGCCUUGGGAGUUGGACCCUAAAUGUGCCCCUCUUCGUUGGAAUGAGGCCGCCUUUCAGGAGAUGCAAGCACGGCCCCUGGCUAUCGGACUGAUCCUAGAUGAUGGGGUUGUCAAGGUCCAUCCUCCUAUCGAAAGAGCGAUCCGAGAACUAGCCUCCAAGCUCCAGGAUCAGGGCCAUGAAGUGACCAUCUGGGAUACGUGCGACCAUCAUGAUUGCGUCAAGCUUAUGGAUCAGUUUUAUAUUGCUGACGGGUUCGAGGAUGUCCAACGCGAUAUCGAUGCUUCUGGAGAACCAAUGAUCCCUCACGUCCAAGGGCUGGCGGACCGAGCCAAGGGAAAAGCCUUAUCACUGUACCAAUACUGGCAAAUGAACAAGCGGAAGGUUGCAUUGCGCCAGAAAUUCCUCAGUCGCUGGAACGCAACUCGGACUUCCUCUGGAAAACCAGUCGACGUGCUGUUGGGACCAACUAUGGCUCAUACUGCCGUUCGACAUGGCAAGCUGCGAUGGGUGGGCUAUACAAAAGUGUGGAACUUACUCGAUUACCCGGCCGUUACGUUCCCUGUGGAUACAGUUAAGAAGGAGAUUGACGUACAGCCGAACGGAUAUCAACCGCGCAAUGACUUAGAUGCGUGGAACUGGGGACUUUAUGAUCCCAACACUAUGCAUGGUCAUCCCAUCAAUUUGCAGGUCAUUGGAAAGACACUCCAGGAUGAGAAGGUUUUGGGGGCCGCCACUGUCAUCGAAAAGAUUUCCCGCGGAGAGAAGUAA